UCAUUUAUAAGUUCUAUUAUAGUAUUAUGUUUAUAUUAUAACCUAAUUGAAGUUUACAAAUUAAUAAUGGACCAGACUAAUACAUAUGAUAUUGAUGACUACAUAGAUCUUGCCAUACCGCCAAUUGAACAAUCUAUAGAAAUUCCAGAAAAAAUGGAAUCUUUUGUGGAGCGCUACUUUGAAUGCCGUUAUGCAGUAAAUGUUAACGACAAGCCAACUCAAGACUACUGUGUACUUAUUCAUUCAAAUAAUUUAUUUAUUUUAACACUCGCUCCAUCACACUCUAUAAUGGGUAAAACUAUUGAGAAAAUUGAUUUUCAAGUAUCCGAAAGCACAGAUAGAAUGAAAAAUAAAAUGUCUGGUAAAGGAAAACGAGGAGCACAAAUUUUACAAGCUGGUUCGACAUUAUUUAAAGUUCAGUGUUCAAACGGUGAAGAAUACAAAAUACUUUCAGCAGUUCCAGGGAAGUUAGUUGAAAUCAACUCUAAACUAUCAGAGAAUCCAAACCUCAUGUUGACAAAACCUAAUGACCUUGGAUACAUAGCUGUGAUCUUACCUCAAAAACAAAGAUUUGAGAAAAUUAAAGAUAGUCUUAUCACUAAAGAUCAAUACAUGCAAAUCAUCAAUACAACAGAUUAGCAAAUUUUUCAACGUUUAACGUUAAACAAAAAUGUUUUCAUCUACUAAAUUUUUGUAUACAUUUGUAUUUUAUAGUGUUGCAUUAUUAAUAACGUUGAUCUAUUUCAUUAUUAUAUGGUUUAAAUUGAAUACAUACAAUUUGUAUCUUAAA